GUAGAAAACCACAUAAGAUCGUUGGGAUCAACAUUAACAUCACUUACACAUCAUCGUCUUCAUCCUCAACCUCACCCUCACUCUCAUCGUUUUUAUUUGUUUAAGGACUAAUAUCAUUACUCUUAUGAUCACUUGAAGUACUUUCACCAUUAACCAUAUUUCCUUGAUUACCAUCAUCUGGAAAAGAUAACUCAUUGAUUGAUGCAUUCCCUUCUUAAUUGAUAAAAGGUCGGGUUAGUGGUGCUGAAGGAUUGGGAGAUGAACAAAAGCUUGCAAUGUAAUGGAGAUUUGGAUUAUUGUGAGGGUGGUGGGAACAAACUACAAGCUAAUUGGGAGGGUGGAAGAUAUUGUUGAUGGAAGGAGUUGAGCGCCGACGUGCGAAAGAGGAAGAUACGAGGAAGAGAAUGAAAAUAAAUUGAGGGUUAACUAUCAGGUUGGGGUUGUGUUGUUCAUUAUGUUGGGUUGGGGAAAGUAAAUUUGACUCGGUUCAUGGGCAUAACCCAAUUGACCGGCCUAAUUUUGAUCCAAUUGAUAUGAACCUUGAAAUCGUACAAAAUCGUAGAUUUUAUGGAUUUUAGAGUUUUAAAUCGGGAUUUUAUGGGAUUUUAAGGUUCAAAGAUUUUACAGUAAAAUCAGGAUCGGAACCCAUAGGUAAGAUCGUAAAAUCGUAAGAUUUUAAGAUUAAAAUCGUGAUUUUGACUACAUUGUUUGUCCUCAUAUAAGUUGUGGACUGUCCAAAUCAAAUUUAAUGGACGGAUGGAGAUUUUGAUUCUAUAGAAUUUUGUAGACAAAAUUUUGUUUCCUUAUCUCAUUAUUUUGUUACUCAAACUUCAAAUCUUUUGGAGCUGCUUACGCACAUGUAGCAAAUCCUCAAAUCCUAUCCCCGAAAUCGCCAAAAAAUAUGAAGAAAAUAUAAAAACAUAUUAUCAAAAAAGUUUAGGUUAGUAUGCAAAACCCCAGGGAUGGAGCUAGCUUAGGGGAAGGAGGGGCCAUAGCCCCCUAAAAUUUUGAAACUUGCUAAAUAUAGACAUGGAAAACCAACAAGCAAUGAUUCCUCAAUGGUCCAGUAGUAGGAGUGUUGUUCUCUUUGUUUAAGAAAGGGAUUAUGGUUCGAUCCUCAUCUUUGUACUUCUUUCCUUUCUCAAGGCAUUUUAAUUUUGUCAUGUUCAUCUUCCAAUAUAUUUCUUACGUAACAAUGAACUUUAUCUUUUUUUUUCCUUCUAAUGGUGAUGCAACUUCAGACUUCUAUUACUUCCAAACAAAAUAUCUUUGCCUUACCUUAUGAAGUGAAUCUUAUGUAUUUUUUUUCUUCUAAUGGUGAUACUACUGUAUUACUUUUAAAAAAAUUAGAUGGUGCUUUACUAUGUUUUGAUAAAAUACACUGAACAAGAUAUAUUAUAUUAUAAUGUUGUCAUUUUAAUUGUCAUGUCCAUGUUCCAAUUUAUUUCACAUUUAUAAGGUGAUUCUAAUGUAAUUUUGAAGUGAAAUUUUAUGGGAUGUUUACUUUAUUGCAAAAUAAAAUAUAUCAAACAAGAUAUAUCACAAUGCUUAGAGUUGACACAAUUUUAUAUAAUUUUUGUGUGAAAAUUCGGAUAUAUAAUUUAAAAGUUGUAUUUUUAUUUUAUAUAUAUGUAUAUUUUUUUUGUGGCAAGAAAAUAACUGGCCCCUCCUAUAAGAAAAUCCUGGCUCCGUCCCUGCAAAACCCUAUAGUUUUGAAAAAUAGCUGACCAUAAUUUAUGGGUAGUUGAUCAGAUUUUUUUGUGGUUGAACGGAGUUCUAGGCAUGCUGUAAAGCACUUUUAAAAUAUUCUCUGAAAAUUCAACUUAUUGGUUUUACAUUGGAUUUUAAACAUAUCUAUAUAGAAAUAUCAUAUUUUUUGUGCUCUAUAAGAUGAUAUUCAUUUUUAUUUUUUCAAUAAAAUAUUUUUGGGUCAUCUUACCUCUGUCAUAUCACGGCAAUACCUCUCAUAUUCGUAUGAUGUUGAUAUGAUAGUGAAGUGAUGUUGGUAUGAUGUGUCAUAAUGAUAAGAUAAUAUGAAUCCAGCCAACUGUCACACUAAAUAAACACGUAUAUCGCACACUAAUUACUAUAGUUGUUUAUGUAAUUCACGAAAUUAAAUGAAUCCGGCCAACUGGCCGGGCGUGUGACUAGUAUCAAAUAGUGAGGUUUUCGAGAAGUGGAAAAAUAUCCUUAUGACUGCCUAAGAUGGUGAAUAACAUUGCUUGCAUAAGCAUAAAUGAGUUUUUUUAUAACCAAAACUAACUCCAAAAUACUUUGGUUCCGCCUAUGGGAGCUUCCUCUCAAUAAUUCAUUUUUAUAUAAUCAUUAAUAAUUAUCUCAUUGAUUAUCCAUUGGAGAAAUAACUUUCCCCCGUUAAACGCACUAUAUCUCUUAUUUUUAUGUCGUAAUUCAAUUUUGUAACAAAAAAUUAGAUUAAUUAUGUUUUUUUUUUGAAAAUAACACUCACUUUGAUAUAUUUUAGAAAAAAUUGAGAGUUGAGAUAUUUAUUACAAGUAUAUACCACGGUGGUAGUACUUGAUACUUGAUAGUAACUAGUACAUAAGGAUAAGAUCGUAUCAUGGUGAUAUGAAAGUGGUUCAUGAUGAUAUAACUUAUAUCAUAGUCGAACCCAAAGGGUUUUUGGCUCUUUCAGAGAAUACAAGUAAGUUUUGAUAAAAAAAAUAAUAAUAAAUCCUCAUGUAUACUUAUGCAAGCGAUGUUAUUCGCCAUUUGGAGCAUACAUAAGGGUAUUUUACUACUACUAGAAAGUCACUUCUUUAUUAUUUGAUUACAAGAACAUUGAUUUAUUAUACUAAAAAUGAAAUCCUUAAUUGAAAUUUAUAUUCUAAUAAAAGGAUACACAUAAUUUUAACUUCAAAAAAAAUUAUAUAUUAAAAAAAUUAUCUUAUAUAUUACCCUUCAAAAAAAAAAUUAUCUUAUAUAUUAACUUUUGUUUUGUUAUGGAGGAAUGAAAAAUACAUCUUUAAAUAUAUUAAAGGGGUUUCAGAAAACGCCCCACUCCACGUCAGCCUUUGAGCUACGACCGUAACUUUCGAUAUUUCCUGUUUUUAUUUUUUUGUUUAAUUUAUAUCUUUUAUACCGGGUGCUUACCAUUUUUUUGCGGGAUUUUCUUCCCUGUAGUUUUUCUUGGGUUAUUUAAUUUUGUUUUAUAGUUUGAUAUUUAAUUCUCUUUAAAAUAUUUUAAUCUCUCUCAUGCUGUAAUUGGGGUUUGGAUAGAAUUAGGAAUUUUUUUAUUUUUUAACCAAAAAGCUAUUUUCCCUCUAUUUUACCAAUGCCUUUAUACAAUUUUCAAUAUUACACAAUAAAUCUAGAUUAUUGAGAUUAUUUUCACAAAUUAGAAAAAUUGGAAACCAAUAUUACACAAUAAAUCUAACAAAUAUUGGAAACCACUCAUACCUUUAUACAAUUUUCAAUAUUGCUAUUACACGAAUAUUGGAAAACACAAAUACACAUAUACCAUUUUCAAUACUGCUAUUACAAAAAUUAUAGUAUAACACACUAAAAUAUUUAAAAUACUAAAUUGAAAUUUGAUUAAUGUUAUUGGAAAAAUGAACUCACCCGCACAACGUGCGGGCCAAAAGCUAGUUACCUGUAAACGAAAAGUGGGGAAAUGAAAUCAACAAGAAAAAAUGGGAAAAUGAUUAACAAAUGACAUAUCAAAUGGUGAGGCAGAGAAAUUGUUUUCGGUAAAGCCAACUUACAGUAGCCGGUCAAUCGUGAAUUGUACCGGUGCAGUGGCGGCACAUAAGAAUUUCCGGGGUAAAUGUCAAGUUUGAUCAAUAAUUUACUAAAACGUGUCAUAUUUAGUUAUUGGAAAAAUAUAAUAUUAAUUUUGGUCACUCGAAUUAGUAAAACAACUCACAUUCAGUCAUUCUUUGUUAACUUUAUCUGAUGUGGCAGUCAACCCUAACAGUUGACCGCUAAAUGUUUGACGUGGCAAUUAAAAAAUUAAUAAAAAAUAAAGGGUAAUGUUUAUUUUUUAUCCAAAUCUUUUUCAGAUUCUUUUAUAUUAUCCAAACCUAUUAAAAUUCUAUUAAUUAUCCAAAUCUUUCGUAAUAUAUCAAAAUAUUAGCCAUUUUUACAUUAUCGUUAACAAUUUUGUAACUCUUUUCUUAGUUAAAAUACUAAAAUUUUGGAAUGUUGAUCUUCAUGAGUCUCUUCCAAGUCAAUAUCAUGUUGCCAAGUCAAUAUUACUAACAAAAUUGCUAACUGGAAGUUAACAUUUGGCUAAUUUUUAGUAUUCCGAUAGGUUUGGAUAAUAUAAAAGAAUCUGAAAAAGGUUUGGAUAAAAAAUAGACAUUACCCAAAAAUAAAUUUAAUUCUUUUAAUAUUUUCACAUUAUUAAAAUAAUUAACUAAAAUAACUAAAACCAAAAAAUCACAUCCGAUGAUUACCAAUAAUUCAAUUUACUCUGGAAUUAUAUUAAUACUGAUAUAAAUAGAAGUAACUAUUAUUAUAUGCAGGUGUAGUAUCAUCCUACUUUCCUCUCUCGUUGAGUGAGAGAUUUGGAGGCGGCGGAAAUCCUAGGGAUUUUCCAGAUUACUGUUCGAUUUGCAACUAGAAAAAAGUUUAGGAGGACGAGUCGAGCAAUGAUUAGACUUCCUUCUUAGUGUUGGAUUGUGUCAGAAUCCUAACAAGGAGUUUUCUCGAUCAGAGAGAGGUUUCGAAAGACAGAAGCUGAAAAGGGGGGGAGGGCUUGUUAAACAAGCAACAACCUGUUUGCGAGGGAAGUUUUAAAGCAAUACUUCGGGAACAAUGGACAAGGACGAGAUCAUAGAAGCAAACAAUAUGGUGUAGGGCGAAUCGGAGGAUCUAUCAAAACAUCCUCCGAGCCUGGAGGAGCAUCUGGACAAAAUCAAAUUAGCUGAAGACGACGAGCCACCAUUGGAGGUUGAAGACUCUAACGUGGAUGUUGUGAGAAUGGAGGCAGUCAGGAAGCUAUAGUUAAUAAGUCGUUUGGUGUUUGACAAGCAACCAAACCUGAAAUCGAUGAAGAUUGCAUUAGAGAAGGCGUGGAACCUACGUAAAGGGUUCCAAAUCACAUAUUUGAAAGACAACCUAUUUGCAUUUCAAUUUCUUGAAUAAGAUAAGCUUUGGAGGGUCAUGGCAUUACGAGAACAACAUUCUAGUGUUCAAGGAGUGUCUACAUAUCCAGAAACCAAACCCACAGGACUUACAUAUGAUUGAUAUCUGGGUCCAUAUAAGGGGUUACCUAGGGGAGUUGCGGACUCCACAGAUGGCGGGUAAAAUUGCUUCGAGAUUUGGUGAGCUAGUCUGAUUUGACGACACAGGCUACCCGUGGGAUGAACACAAGAGAAUCAGGGUUAGUCUAUCGAUAAAUAACCCACUCAAAAAGAAGAUUAAGCUUAACAUACAAGGCAAACUUGAGGAAUAUCAAAUCAAGUACGAGAAACUACCCCUAUUUUGUUACUCCUCUGGAAGAAUAGGGCACCCAAAGCUCAAAUGUGACAAGCCAUCGCAAUUAGCAAUAGACCCAUAUGGGAUGGAGAUGCGAACUGAUGGGCCAGGACAUAGAAGUUGGCUUCACGUGUUUCAAGGAAAGGGAGAGACUAAGGAGGAAAUUCGAAGUGGAGAGCAGUAGCUCUAACUUGGAUUAUGAUAAGGCUUUACCUGAAGAAAAAGAGGAGGCUAAGAUGGAGGAGAUGGGGAAGAAGAAAGAAGGAGAUAAGGAAACACAAAUGAGCAGGGAGAAUGAGAACAGUAUGGAGGUGGACAAACAAGUAGAGGUGAAGCAAGAAACUAGAGAGUAGAGGACCCAAAGUGGUCAAUUACAAACAAAUCUCAACAUACAAGAGGAAGCCCUUAAGAGAUUUGUGAUGGGAAGCUCUGGAAAUCAACCGGGGAGAAAACCAACAAAGAGGGUGUGGAGGCUUCAGAAAGAGAAUUCACAACGUGUGAAGACAGGAACACAAGUCACACCACAGAAAAGAGCAGGAGCGGAAAUCCAAAGGGUGGUGUCCAAGGAAAACAAUGGAGAGAUGAGCCAGAAAAGGGCUCGAACACUGGAGUUGGGAGGGAAAGUGGACGACACUGCCUCGAUGAGGAAGGUGGAGGUAGAGGCUAGUGCAGGGCAAAAAGGAAAACAGGAAAGCAGGACAACAUAAGAGGAACUGAACAAAAACACAUUGGUUAGCGGAGUGGCGGACCCUGAAAAUGUUUAGGGCUGCCUAACCCAAUGAAUCUCCUGAACUACAACUGCCAGGGAUUGGGGAAUGCCCUGGCAGUUGGAAAAGUAAAGGCGUUACUGCGUCAAAAGAACUCCGAUAUCGUUUUUCUGAUGGAGACUCACCUCCAUGGUGGAGAAUGGGAAGAAAAAUAGAAAGAGUUUGGCUAUGAAGGUGGAAAAGGGGUGGCGGCAGGAAGAAACAAAGCUGGUGGCCUAUUGAUGCUAUGGAAACAAGGAGUCAGGAGUGGAACUGAAGCUAAGCGGAAGAUCCAGUAACUAUAUGGAUUUUGAAGUGUGCAUCGAGAAUCAACAAGAAAUAUGGAGGUUAUCUAGGGUUUAUGGAUGGCCUGAAGGAAGCAAUAAACUCAAAACUUGUGAGCUGCUGAGAUGGUUGCAUAAUCAGGUGGACAAACCGUGGGUGUUGAUGGGGGGAUUUCAAUCUGAUUAUGGAUUAUAUCGAAAAGAGUGGUAGCUGUAACCGAAAUGUUAUGGAGAUGGAGGAAUUAAGAAGAGCUUUAGAAGAUUGUGACCUUGAGGAUUUGGGUUUUCAUGAAAGUUGCUUCACUUGGGAAAAUAAUAGAGUAGAGGAGGCCUACACUGAAGAAAGACUGGACAAGGUAGUAGGAAACAAGAGGUGGAUGGAGCACUACCCCCUAGCAAGGGUGUACCAUCUUCCAAGAUGCGGAUCAGCUAGUUGGCUGAUGCGGAUCAGCUACUACAGGAGGAGAGCAAAUGGAGGCAGAAAUCGCGACUGGAUUGGCUGAAGGAGGGGGACCAAAACACAGACUAUUUCCACCGUAAAGCGUCAGAAAGAAGGAAGAGAAACAUGAUAAAACAACUAAAGGAUGUCGCAGGGAAGCUUUUUGUAGGGCAUGAGGAGGUCACAAAUUGCAUGGUCUCUCAUUAUCGAUAACUUUUCACCCCUGAGGAGGAGAUACAGACUGAUACUAUUCUCUCAGUGGUUCAGCCAAAGGUUACAGCUGAGAUGAACACUAUAACUGCUACUACCCUUUACUGUUGAAGAAAUAUGGAAUGCGCUAAAACAUAUGGGUUUUGGGAAAGCUCUUGGUGCAGAGGGGAUGACUAUCCUAUUUUUUAAGAAAAAUUAGGAUAUAGU